AUGAUUGCUCUACGACAUUGGCUCGGGAAGACCGGUGCUCCUUCAUGUACAUACGAAAGCAAGUGCUGUGGUGCUGUGCGUAGCGAAAAUGCCAAGCUACGGGAACUGGCAAUUGACUUGGAAGCUCGCCUCGUCAUGGUUCUAUCUACCCCCCGGGACGCUGAUAUUAGGCUCCAACGGGCGCUGGACGAGAACGCCCUUCAGCAAAUGCUCAUUGAACAACUACAAGCCCAGUUGGAAUCUCGACUAAGCUUAAUUACUGCAGCCGCCGCCUAUCCGGCUGAUUACGCCACCCUCCGAGAGCGCGUGUCACAACUGGAAGCCAAGCUCGCAGAUACACAAGACCAGUUAACCAAGAGUACUGAAGAACUCGAAAAGUCUAAAGCACACAUAACUGUCCUUCAGUCACAAAGGGAACAGCUCGUCCUCGAACUCGAGCAAGUUGAAGAUGGAUUCCAGGCUGAGGUUGAAAAAUUACAAGACGAUCUUCAAAGCUGGAAAGUCGAUCUCAGUGUCGAUUCUUCAGAGGAUGGGACUAUCCGCGCCCCAACGAUAGCGUGCCCCCCACCGCCACCUAAAUACACUGAAUCCAUCCUCACCCGCGGAACGCGCGCUCCAUCUGUCACCUCUGCCGAUUCCGUGUCAACUGGUGCACUCUUCGAAGCGAGCCUAGAACGCACUAAAGCCGCCACUCGGAUAUGGGCGUUGGAAGACGAAGUUGAGCGCAUGCGUAGCGAACGGGACUCGUUGCGCCGCCGACUCGGAGCUGGGCGCGAGAGCUUGAUUCAACUUAAACGACAGGCGAGCGAGGUACGGAUGAGUGGAGGGAAAGGACGAAUGUUGAUUAAUGGGCGCGGAAUGAAAAGCGAGUCGCAGUUGACGCCAGGGAAGAGGCUUGCCGGACGCAAGCCGAGUACUAUUCAGUUGAACACACUCAUCCGGCUCCCGGUCCAUGGAGAGCCACUCACGCCCGAGACGAGUGACGACAAUGCGUCCCUCGAGAUAAAAUUUUGA